AUGAUGGCGGAGGUGCAAGAAACGCACGAGAACGACGACGGCGACGACUACGAAACUUCAGGCGCUGCGACUACGACCUCGAACGCGCACAAACGAGGCAGUUUGCUCCACACUGUAUUGAGUCACACACCGCUUCGGCGCAUCAGUGAAAAGGGGGCCACGCGAUUCCAGCAAAUCGACAAUUACCAAAGAGCACGCAUGGCCACACGCAAAAUGGACAACUCGGUGCCAAAACCUAGCCGCAGCCUCAUGCACGAAGUCAUGAAAAGCGACAAAAAGUACAGCGUUGCCGAGCUCCGCGAAGACAACCACUUGAUCGUCCAGAACAUUUCGAGAAAGCACACCCAACGGCCAUCGCAGUUCACUCGAAAGCCGUCCAAAGUCAAGCUGAACAACCCGUUCCAUCCCAACUCGACAUUCCGCGCGUCAUGGGAUGUCGCACUCAUCGUCCUGCUCUUCUACACCGCGAUCGCUGUGCCAGCACAAAUUGCGUUUGUCGUGGAAGAAUCCGUGUCAGAUCCAAUGUUUGCCUGGGAUUGCCUCGUCGACGUCCUCUUCUUCCUUGACCUGAGCUUCAACUUUUUCACCCCGUACGUCGACAAAACGACCAACCAAGUGAUCGAACACCCGGCCCUGAUCUUUCAGCACUACUUAUAUGGCUGGUUUGCCCUCGACUUUAUCUCUGUCUUCCCCUACAACCUCAUCGCGGUCAGCUUAUCGGUGAAAGGCAAUGCCGUGAGUGCGCUCAAGCUGAUUCGCGUGUUCCGCAUCCUCAAGCUUGCGCGAGUCUUCCGCGCUUCGCGAAUCUUGGCGCGGUGGAAUGCUGUGUUGGGGCUACCGAUUGCGCUGUCGCAGCUGGGCAAAUAUGCAUUGAUCAUGGUCGUGUUGGCGCAUUGGAUGGCAUGUGUGUGGGUGACUGUGCCACAGUUUGAGGACCAAGAGGCGUCGUGGCAGUUGUCGUACAACUCGUCCUAUGUGGGCGACAACCCUGCGUCGCAGUACAUUGCCGCCCUUUAUUGGAGUGUGAUGACGAUUGGCACGAUCGGGUACGGCGAUGUGCCCGUCGCAACGUUUGUCGAGAAAGGCGUGGCCAUCGUGUGCAUGACGAUAGGGUGCGGCGCGUACUCGUUCAUUGUCGGGUCGGUGUGCGGGCUCGUCUCGAGCUUGGACGAAUCCACGACGGAGUUCAACCAGCAAAUGGACCACCUGAACGUAUACAUGGACAAAGAAUCGAUUCCUCGCACCAUGACGGUCCGACUCCGCGAGUACUUUUUGCACAGCCGCGAUCUGCUCUUGCAUAAACACUUUUCCCGAGUGUUGGGACACUUGUCCCCGGGCCUCCGCGGUGAGCUGUGUGUGUACACGGCGGGCGAGUGGAUUCAAAAGGUGCACUUUAUGGUGGGAGGCCCGCGCGGCGAACACGUUCGGUUCAUCACGGCUAUUUGCACCCGCAUGGACGCCGAGCUGUACCCACCGCAGGAGCUGAUCGUUCGCAGUGGUGAAACCACCAACAAGAUGUAUAUCAUUUCAAAAGGGCUCGUCGCUCGCAUGGGCCGAAUCCUCCACAAGGGAAACUUUUUCGGCGAAGAUGUGAUCUUGCACCGCGUGGAGCCCACCACGGUGUUCGACACGAGGACGUUAACGUACUGCGACACGUACACGGUCAGUCGUGAAGACAUUCGCGCUAUCCUGAGCACGGGUAGUUUUCCAGCAAAAGCCAAGCUCAUUCGCCGAGCAGCGAUGUUCAUGGCCAUUACGCGCCGCGUGAGGGUAUUUUUUCCGUGCUCCAUGAACGAGUCGUAGCGGUGUCGGUCAUUCAUGCCGUGCUUGGUUCCUCAUGCAGUCCCUGUACAUUCAACUACAAGCAAUUCGAGCUAUGGGCAGGUUUUCGAAUGACGAGCAACAGGCGUGGCUGCGACUUCGGCUAUUGGGGGACAACGCUGUGGGGCUCCAUCCAAAUGCCCACCUGGCAGCCGCUGUGUCGUGCAUUGCCGCGGCGAUUUCAUGCAUCGACAUCGCCAAAACAGAGAACCACGAGAUCUCGACAGCCGACGAAGUGUUUGUCGCCGUCAGUCUCCUGGACACCGCGACCCGCAUCCUGAACAACACCAUCCUCGACAAGAGACAUAGUUAUUUAUGAAGGAUCCGAUUAAAACGAGGGAAUUAUCCGGAGCAACGUGUGUUUGGGUUUACACUUUAUGCACUGAAA